UUGAUCUUUUUAACCAAGUGACCAAGCACAACAAUGCCUUCUCUCUGCCUCGCCUUUCCCGGUUCCUUCUCCGGCCGACUACCGGUUGAUUACUGUCCGCGACCGAGACCGGCGGUUAGAUGCUCUGGGGAGCGGCAGGAUCUCUUCAACCGCAUUGCUCCUGUCUACGACAAUUUAAAUGAUCUAUUGAGCUUCGGUCAGCAUCGUGUUUGGAAACGAAUGGCUGUCUCGUGGAGCGGAGCGAAUAGAGGAGACUUCGUUCUGGAUUUGUGCUGUGGCAGCGGGGAUUUGGCGUUUCUCUUGUCGGAGAAAGUUGGGUCAUCUGGAAAGGUGGUUGGUCUGGAUUUCUCCUCGGAACAAUUAGCUAUUGCGUCUUCUCGGCAGAACCUUCGAGCAAAGCCGUGCUACAAGAAUAUAGAGUGGGUAGAAGGUGAUGCCCUUGAACUGCCAUUUGCUGAUGGUGUGUUUGAUGCUAUUACGAUGGGUUAUGGCCUCAGAAAUGUUUUUGACAGACAGAGAGCCAUGCGGGAGAUGUAUCGAGUUCUGAAACCAGAUUCGAGAAUAUCGAUUCUUGAUUUCAAUAAGAGCCACCAACCAGUCACCGCGUUUAUUCAGGAAUGGAUGAUCAACAAUGUUGUUGUCCCGGCAGCUGCGGUUUAUGGUCUUGCAAGUGAUUACGAAUAUCUGAAGAGUUCAAUCAAUGGAUACUUAACUGGAGAAGAGCUGGAGACUCUCGCACUGCAAGCUGGCUUCUCCAGCGCCAAGCAUUAUGAGGUCAGUGGUGGCCUCAUGGGGAAUUUGGUUGCCAUGCGCUAGCUUACUACCCUUUUUUCCCCUCGUCUUGCUUAUGUAAUACAAUCAUUAUUUUUGUCUACAUUCUGAGAAAACUUCUCUCUUGACUGAAUUACAGAUGUAAAGGAUUCGCCUCUUUUCCGUUUCUUGUAUAUCAGUACAAAAGCCAAUAUAUUGGAACAUCUUCAUACCA